GUGAUUGCCAUGUAUUUAUCAGAUGUGACCUUCAAGUUCUGAACUUGACCUUCAAACCCCAGUCUUAUUGCGUCCCCUACUUUUUACUAGUACUCCGAGUCAACGCUCACAACUUGAACGACUUGGUUUUUCCGGCCAGUACUAAGUCACGGUCACGGUAUUACUCGUCCGAGUCCUCAUCAAUGUAGGAACUCGUGCUGACUCGAAUGCAGUCGAAUAUGAUCCCUCCUUCGACGAGGUCGUCAAAAUGCUUGAACUUUCGCAGCGAGACGAUGGAUGCAGUCUUGUUGACAUAGACGGUGUCAUCUACGACGUGCUUAACAAUGCUACAAUUAGCGUCCUCGGAAGCGCGACGACUGCAAUGUUGCCAGAGCUACUGCUAGUAUCGGUCAGGAAUGUUGUGAACAAGGCCAGAGUCGACGCUCUCACCCCCAGGUCCAAACGCCAUGAGGAGAAGUGUUACUCGUUUGAUCAAAUCGAAGUGAUCGUCACUAGCGCAUAUAACAAGAAGAACAGGUCCUCAACAACGUCCAUUCCGAUGACCUUACGCCAUCUAAGCGCGGGUACUUACACUAUUUCCCAAGUUGCCACUGCAACCAAGGAUGUCCUCGAUGCCAAUGGCGUGGUGUCAAAACACUCAGACAAUGUCGACGAUCUUGUCGAACCGAUUCUUGACGAGUUAUCUGCUCGAGCUGCCAAGCGCACUGAUGACAUCAAUGUCCCUGCCAUUGCCGAAAACGAUGUCUAG